GCUCGUCUGAUGCUGUGCGUGCGUGUGGUCUCAGUAUUGGUCCGGAUCCCGCGGCGCUGCUUGUUCGAGACUGCAUCGGCUCAGAAGAUCUUUGAAGAUCCGCUACAGCGAGGAAGCGGGUGAUCGCACCGAGGCAGAUCGAGAAACGUACACCCUCGUCAGACUGAGACCUCUCUGGCUCUCUGAGGACCGCUAUAGGCCCGGCAAGAGGCAGCCAAAGUCAGAGAAGCUAGCGGCGCGCGCUCGCGUCCGCCAGCCAUUGCGAUAGGCAGGCCGAUAGCGAGCUCUUGAGGAGGCGUGGACGAGGUAUGCUAGCUCAUGCCAGCCUCACGUCGAUCAUCGCUGCUGCCGAGAUCACUGAGCAAGUCGUCUGACCCUUCUAGCUCCGACGAGGACGAAAACGGACAGCAGUCCCAGCGAACUUCAGUCAGUCAUACGGACAGCAAGCCAGGCAGGAUGGCAGAAGGCUUGCGGAGCAGAGUGCAAGUCCAGCGCUUUGGCUAUAGGCUACUCGCCGGUGUUGUCACGGCCAUUGUGCUCAAGACUGUCGUUUUCCCUGCAAAGUCUACCCUGCCGCCAGGCGAGAUCGCUCAUCCUGCACUGCUCGAGCGCAUCACGAUGGGCACGCCGCUCACAGGAGGCGUACUCGACGCAUCACACUAUGCAUUCCUGCAGUCCAGACUUGGACGAGACGAGGAGCCUGACAUCUUUGACAAGGACAUCUCGGCUGGCAAGGAAGACUUUUGGAACCGGUUCCAGAAGCCAUUCAUGACGAGCCAAGACACCUAUCAUCUAGACGAGCAGGUCAUACGCGGCGUCGUGGACGAGCUGAUGCAGUUCAACGGGUGGGCGGCAGCGGCAUGUAGCUCCUUGUCGCGACCUUUCGGCGUCAAUCGGCGCGAGGACGAAUACAGCGAUCUCACACGGCCAGGCGCGCUCUACUAUUUUGGCCUGGUGAUUCACACAGCAGAUCACUUCGUCGUCGAUCAGUUGGCGACUGUCAUCCAGAUGUCGCGUCGACUCGGUCCACAGAAUGUCUUUGUGUCCAUCAUCGACUAUGGCUCGACAGACUCGACCCCAUUUCUGUGUGACCUCACAGAAGCCAUCCUACUCUUGCUCAGCAUCUCAUUCAGAAUCAGACACGUUCCGCCGAUGACUCACGAAUCGGCGGCAGCUUAUUAUCCUCACGAAGAAGCAUACACACGCAAUCUUGCGCUCGAGCCCUUACACGAACUACACGACAGACGACGGAUUCGAUUUGCGAGAGUCAUCUGGCUCAAGGGCUUCACCUGCCCGACCGACUUGAUGGAGACAUUGCGCAUCUCUGCAGUCAACCACGCUGCUAUGACAUGCUCGAUGGACUGGAAGGAGCACAAUGGCUUCUUCAUCUUCAACGAUCGAUGGCGGACGCGAGACAUGGAGGGCAACCUCUUCAGAGGCUCAAAAUCUACGAGCAGUGUCGACGAAGCACCUCCUCGUGAUACGAUAUCGGCAGAACGAUACGGCCAGCAUCUACCUUUCCAAGUCUUUUGCUGUGAAUCGGGCACGCACGUCGUCGAUCCAGCUCAGUCUUAUUAUGCCGGUCUGGCGUAUCGCUCAUCCGUCAACGACGGUGUUCACAAUGCUAGUCGAGCGGAUGGCGCUGAACGGCCGGCUUGGAAAGAGGGACCCUGCAUGGACUCGGCUCAGAUGCAUUUCUGCCGAGAUCUGUGGCUGUAUUCUGCCAAAGAGGGCGUCAAAGUCCAAGCACGCCGCAUCAAAGAUCGCGAGCGUCGGGGCCUCGGUCGUAAUGUGACUGAAGCCAUGGAGGAGAUCAUUCAGGCCGUUGCACCAGAGUAUGCGCUGCCCGGCCUAACGGUGUCGAGCCGCGAAAAGGUCGAAAUCGACACUACGACCGACGACGCAAACGAUCUUGCCGACCUCGUCAACCCGAUAGAAUCCGUCGCAACAGCGCUUACGGCGGCCGAUGCCCUGCCGACAAGUGAUCCAGUGCUCGAAAGUGUGGAGAUCAAGCCUGUUGUGGCGGAGCCCGUCGCUAUACAGAACCCAGAAGAGCUGCAAGCCCAGGAAGACGGGCAGCAGAAGGAGCUCGAAGAAGGCGUGCCUGCGCAGGAUCCACUCGAUGCAGCAAUCCCCGCUGCAAAAUUACGAAAGCGGCAAGCACCUGAAGCUGCUGCACCUGCCCCGGAGGUGCCGCCGGCUGCAGCAAUACCUGACGCCGCACCAGCAGAGGCUGCAGAUCCUGUCAAAGCUGCACCGGAAGCGCCUCACAUGCGUCCCGAAGCAGCCAUCAGUCAUCAGGAAGACAUUGAUCCACCCGAUAUGGAGGACAUACCUGAAAGCGAAGACGACAUUGAAGACGACACUGAUCUCGCAGUUCCUAACGAUGACUUUGUGCCAGCUCGAAUUCUUGUCAAUCCUCGCUGUGUAACGACAUACGCAGGCGUCUCACAUAUCCAGCUCGCGCUCGAUCUUUUCGGUUCGGCCGAUGAAGCCCAUCUCGUGCUCUCAGACGAGCCCAAGAAGUCAUCAGAGUAUCUCAUGGAAGCAUGGAGAGGUGCACCGGAAAACUUUGUCUGUCAGGAGAUGACGGAAUGCGGCGGGAGGGCCUCACAAAAGCAGCAACGGAGGACGAGCUUCUAUGUUGGCGCGUUGCUCAAGGCAGGCUGGCAAGUAGGUCAUCAUGUCUAGAGAUGAUUAUGCAUUUUCCAUGCCUCCCAAC